CUCCGCUAGUCCGUAGAAUCGAAAACAAGCUCUUCUCCUUCGUUUGCUAAUUUUAUCUCUCCCUUCCUUCCUUCCUCCCUCCAUCAGAUUUCUAAUCUUUGGUACUUUUUCUUUAGGUUGCAGCAUUAAAUCGAGUAGGCUCUACGAUCUCUCGUCCUGUUUCAUCGCCAGGAGGAUUAGGGAGGAAACACCGAGCACCGAUUUUGAAAGGAGAUCAAAAGGGAAACAGCGGAAUGCUUUUUUGUUUUCGAUUUGAAACAACUCCACUUCGUUGAUCUUUUGUUGAGAUCUUUCUUUAGGGUUGUGAGUUCGCAUUUGGACGUCCCAUUUCCUGCUUCAGUUUUGUGUUUUUUAGAGGGGAAGUUGCAAGUUUUUCGGUGUAGGAUAAGGGAACGUUGCGAUUGUUGGGAUUGGUUGUGCGAUUUGGAUCUGAUCGGUUCCGAGAAAGUAUAAGUUGAUUGGGGAAGAUGUCUGGAUUUGUGGGGGUUGUCGUCUCUGAUGCUUCGCUUCAAAGUCAGUUCACUCAGAUGGAACUCCGAGACCUAAACUCUAAAUUCCUUUCCACAAAACGGGAGAGAGGGCAUGUGACGAUCAAAGAACUGCCGCCGAUGAUGGAAAAGUUGAAGGGCCUGAAUGAUAUGGUUACGGAACAAACGAUUGCCGAAAUGUUAGCUGAAUCAUACCCUGAUACCGGCCUCGAGAUAGACUUUGAAUCGUUUCUUCGGGCAUAUUUGGAUCUUCGAUCCAAAGCAAGGCAAAGAAUAGGCAACUUGAAGACUGCUGUGUCAUUCCUGAAGGCCUCGACAACCACGAACUUGCAUACCAUCAAUGAAGCUGAAAAGGCUUCUUAUGUGGCACACAUCAACAACUAUCUUGGAGAAGACCCGUUCCUGAAAAAGUAUCUGCCAUUGAAUCCAGCAACCAAUGAUCUGUUCAAUCUUGUUUUGGAUGGAGUUCUUCUAUGUAAAUUGAUCAAUGUUGCUGUUCCGGGGACAAUAGAUGAGAGAGCAAUAAAUACCAAAGGAGUGCUUAACCCAUGGGAACGAAAUGAGAAUCACACUCUUGGCCUUAACUCAGCGAAAGCUAUUGGGUGCACUGUAGUCAAUAUUGGAACACAGGACUUGGUUGAAGGAAGACCACAUUUGAUACUUGGUUUGAUAUCUCAAAUCAUAAAGAUACAACUUUUAGCAGACCUUAACCUUAAGAAAACACCCCAACUUAUGGAGAUAAUGGGUGACAGUAAGGAUGCAGAGGAACUACUAACUCUUGCACCAGAAAAGAUGUUGCUUAAGUGGAUGAAUUUUCAUCUCAAGAAAGCUGGCUACGGAAAAACUGUAACAAAUUUUUCUUCUGAUGUGAAGGAUGGAGAGGCCUAUGCUUAUCUUCUUAAUGCUCUUGCUCCUGAGCAUUGCGACUCUUCAACCAAGAAUAUUGAAGAUCCUAAUGAGAGGGCAAAAAGAGUAUUAGAACAAGCUGAGAAGCUGGAUUUGAAGAAAUUCUUAAGUCCAGACGACAUUGUGGAAGGCUCUCCUAAUUUGAACCUUGCAUUUGUGGCACAGAUAUUUCACCACAGGAAUGGUCUUUCCACUGACAACAAUCAGUUACCCGCACAAAUUACGCCCGACGGUGAUGAUAUCCAGGAUACGAGGGAAGAAAGAGCUUUUCGACUAUGGAUCAACAAUUUUGGGAUCGCUACAUUUGUUAAUAAUUUGUUUGAAGAUGUCCGGGAUGGAUGGGUUCUUCUGGAGGUACUUGACAAAGUCUCUCCUGGCUCAGUUAACUGGAAGCAAGCAACAAAGCCUCCAAUUAAGUUGCCUUUUAGAAAAGUUGAAAACUGCAAUCAAGUUGUGGAGGUUGGGAAACAGUUGAAACUUUCGCUGGUGAAUGUCGCUGGCAAUGACAUUGUGCAAGGCAACAAAAAGUUAAUUAUUGCUUUUCUAUGGCAAUUAAUGAGAUUCAAUAUGCUCCAACUUCUCAACAACUUGAGAUUUCACUACCAAGGAAAAGAGAUAUCAGAUUCAGAUAUUCUAAACUGGGCCAACAAUAAAGUUAAGGAAUCAGGGAGAAGUUCUCAAAUGGAGAGUUUCAAGGACAAAAAUUUGGCAACUGGGAUAUUUUUCCUUGAGCUUCUUAGUGCUGUGCAGCCUAGGAUGGUUAGCUGGAAUCUGGUUACAAAGGGGGAAAACGAUGAAGAAAAGAAGUCUAAUGCUACGUACAUGAUUAGCAUAGCAAGAAAACUUGGAUGCUCUGUCUUUCUGUUGCCUGAGGACAUCAUGGAGGUAAACCAAAAGAUGAUCCUUACGCUUACUGCAAGCAUCAUGUACUGGAGUCUGAAACAGGCUGGAGGAGGAAACUCCAAGCCGGCAGAAUCUAUUCCUGAAGUUCCAGAGCUCUAGCUGAUAUUGAUGCUACAUCUACAGUCGCAGAGGAGUUGUUGAGCAGAACACAAAGGUUCUUGCUCUUUACUGUGUUUUCUGUUUUUAUUGUAUUGAAUUUCCUUUGCGUCAGAGAGCAAAAAGGGAAAUAUGUAGGAUUGAAAUGAUUUUGUAAGAUUUUGUCACAUUCAUUCUUUGGCAAUUUAUUGUUUUUCUUGAAUAAUGUU